UGGUCUUGUUUACCCUUGCCAGCGUGACCUAUUAUUCACAGACAAUCGCCUCUCUCUCUCUCUCUUCCUUCUUUCUCUCUCUAACCCUCUCGUAGGGCGACGCAAUUCGCUAUUGCGUACAGAUCCACGAUCUUCAUCCCUAAUCCGCUUAUUAUCAGAAUUUGAGAUCCGGAGGCUGUUGUUGGACGUGUGCUGUGAAGGAAUAGAGAGGAACAAUGUUUGGUUCUAGCAACCCUUUUGGGCAGUCAUCUAAUAGCCCAUUUGGGUCCCCAUCAGUUUUUGGGCAGAACAAUAGUCCAAAUAGCAAUCCUUUUGCUGCAAAACCAUUUGGUAGUACGUCUCCCUUUGGUUCACAAACAGGGAGCUCAAUUUUUGGUGGCACGUCUACCGGUGUGUUUGGUACCCCAGCUUCCUCACCAGUUUUCGGUGCCUCGUCAACUCCUGCUUUUGGGAGUUCAAUGCCUGCUUUUGGAGCUUCCUCAAGCCCAGCCUUUGGUGCUUCAUCCUCUUCUUUUGGUGGUUCAUCUGUGUUUGGUCAGAAGCCUGCGUUUGGUGGCUUUGGAUCCACUACACCGUCAAGUCCUUUUGGAAGCUCAUUUCAGCAAUCACAACCUGCUUUUGGGGCCUCAAGCACACCUGCUUUUGGGGCCUCAAGCACACCUGCUUUUGGGAGCAAUCUUUUCGGUUCCUCCCCUUUUGGAGCAUCAAGUCAACCUGCAUUUGGGGCAUCAAGCACACCUGCUUUUGGUGCCACAAGCACCCCCGCGUUCGGUGCCACAACCACACCUGCGUUCGGUGCCACAAGCACACCGGCUUUUGGUUCUACAUCAACCCCUACAUUUGGCAACACGGGCUCUGCAUUUGGUGUCUCUAGCACCUCUGUUUUUGGUUCAAGCACUCCUGCGUUUGGUGCGUCAAGUACACCAGCAUUUGGUGCUUCAAGCACACCAGCAUUUGGUUCUGCGAGUACUCCAGCGUUUGGAUCUUCACCUACUCCUGCUUUCGGUGCAACAAGCUCUCCUUUCAGUUUCGGGUCAAGUCCAGCAUUUGGUCAAUCGACUUCUGCAUUUGGAAGCAGCCCGUUUGGUGCCACUAGCACAACCUUCGGGGCUCAAAGCUCCCCAUUUGGAGCCCAGACCACAACACCAGCGUUUGCGAGUUCCGGGUUUGGGCAACAACGUGGGGGAACUAGAGUAACUCCUUAUGCUCAAACACCUGAGGCCGACAGUGGUAGCGGGACACAAACUGCUGGAAAACUUGAGUCAAUAUCAGCAAUGCCUGCAUACAAAGAAAAAAGUCACGAAGAACUUAGAUGGGAGGAUUAUCAAUUGGGCGAUAAAGGGGGCCCGAAUCCUGCUGCUCAAUCUUCUGGUGGAAUGGGCUUUAACAUGACCAACACACAGCAACCGAACCUGUUUGCUUCGUCGUCACCUGCAUUUGGGCAAUCAUCUGCAAAUCCAUUUUCUUCCACUACGUCUACCAAUCCGUUUGCUCCAAAGACUUCAACUUUCACCACCCCGGGGUUUGCGACCUCAACUCCGUCUCUCGGUUCUUCACCUUUCGGUACUACAACGUCUAAUCCUUUCGGGUCAACACCAUCAGCAGCGCCAUCUGCAUUUGGAUCAACUCCUGCUUUUGGAUCGACUCCUGCUUUUGGCUCUACAACGUCUCCUUCUCUUUUUAAUACACCCAAUACAUCUGCGUUUGGAACAUCAACGUCUAUUUUUGGUACUCAAACCCAGGGAACAACUUCAUCGUUUGGUACUGGCUUAAACUUUGGAAACACUCAAUCAUCACCUUUGUUCCAGUCAACCACUCCUACUCUUGGGCAAACAAGUUCUCCUUUUGGGCAGACUUCCUCACCUUUCGGGCAGGCUGCACCGGCUUUCGGGCAGAGUACUCCGGCUUUUGGUCAAACGAAUGCGUUUGGAGGAAACUUGUUCUCUAGCACCCCUUCGUUACUAAGCACCAGCAGCAUGGGAUUCAAUCCGACAACUCCUUCUCUUUCAAAUCCUUUUCAAUCGGCUCAACCAACCCAAAAUACUGGUGGCUUUGGCUUUGCAGCACCAUCAGGUGGCACAUCAAGCAUUUUUGGUCAGAAUAAUUUUGGACAAGCGCCUGCCAGUCAGAGCCCCGCACUAGCACAGCCACAGUCUAUUACAAAUCCGUUCGGAACGUUACCUGCAAUGCCGCAGAUGUCAAUUGGGCGUGUGGGAAAUGCACCAUCAAUUCAGUACGGAAUUUCUAGCCUGCCAGUUGUUGACAAACCAGCCCCUAUGAGGAUAUCAUCUGUGUUGACUUCUCGGCAUCUUUCUCAAAGGCGGAUUAGGUUGCCUGCAAGGAAAUAUCACCCCAAAAAUGAAGGUCCAAAGGUUUCGUUUUUUAGUGACGAGGAAGAGACUACGAGCACACCUAAAGCCGAUGCUCUUUUCAUUCCCAGAGAGAAUCCAAGGGCUCUCGUUAUUCGCCCUGUUGAACAAUGGCCUGCAAAAGCAUCUGCCGAGAAACCAAAAGAAAAAGAUGCAUCUAAUUUUUCUCCACCACAAACUAAUGGUCAAUAUACCGAGUUUGCUUCUACCACGCAUCAAAAUGGACGCCCUACAGAGAAUGGGAACAGAAAUCAUUCUGAAAAUGGCAUUUUCAAGGAACAAACUACUUCCGUCAAGAUAACCCAGAAAACAAACGGUGUACACGACGAUCAACCAACUUCAAAAUCCGACUCAUACAUCACCUUAACCGGUCACCGAGCAGGUGAGGCGGCAAUCGUUUACGAACAUGGGGCCGACAUUGAAGCACUGAUGCCUAAACUUCGCCAUUCAGAUUACUACACCGAGCCACGGAUCCAAGAACUAGCCGCUAAAGAGCGCGCAGAACCGGGUUUCUGCCGCCGUGUAAAGGACUUUGUAGUCGGGCGGCAUAACUAUGGAAGCAUUAAAUUCUUUGGGGAAACCGACGUGAGACGACUGGACCUUGAGUCUCUUAUCCAGUUUAAUAACCGAGAAGUGAUUGUUUAUAUGGACGAGACGAAAAAACCGCCAGUCGGACAAGGCCUUAACAAGCCCGCUGAAGUAACACUUCUGAAUAUCAAGUGUUUUGAUAAAAAGACGGGGCGUCAAUUCACCGAAGGACCUCGAAUUGAGAAAUAUAAAGAAAUGUUAAAGAAGAAAGCUGAAGACCAAGGUGCGGAGUUUGUGUCGUAUGACCCGGUUAAAGGAGAAUGGAAGUUUAGGGUCAGCCAUUUCAGUCGAUACGCGCUCAAAGAAGAUGACGACGAGGAUAAGGAUGGCUCACUGGUUGAAUGAUAAGCGGUUAUCUAAGGCUGGUUUGUAUAGAGCUUGUGAUAUACACUUAUACAUACAACUACAAGCCAGUGAUUGUGGUGGACUGCUCGUCUCAUGCAAACUUGCACUUCUGUUAUUGUGGUUUGACAAACCAACAUACACGUUUUUCUAUUUGUUUUUGUGUUUUUUAUCAAGUCAUGUUCGAUCUAGCAAAACAUUAUUAUUGGUGGAUUUGAACAAAGAAUCGUAAUUUUUGUUUUUUUUUUUUACUGUGAUGUAACAGUCAUCAGUCAUGUGGAUUUUGGUGUUUUCAUCUUAUCCUUUUUUUGUUUUUGUGUUGUAUCGAAUGGCCUAAGAGCUUUUUUGA